AUGCAUCAGCAUCCUAGGUCGCCCGCCCCAGCGGCGCCGACCUCUCCAGCUCGGCCUCGUUCCCAAGACCAAGAUCGUCGGUCCAACUCUCCAGCUUUUGAUAUUCGGACGCAUUCAAAUAGAGGGUUGGGGAUUGAAACAGAGAGUGAUGCUGCGGAUUCAGCACCGAGCCUGCAGCCCGGUAAAGAAGCCGUGACGAAGCUCAACCAGAUCAUCUCGAACUAUCAUACGAAAGCUGCUCUAAUCAUCUUGCACUCUCGUGUCGAGCUUCCCCCCGUUUUCAACAAGGGUUCUGACACACCUCGAGUGAAUCGCUGGUUCAAUGUUGAGGUGGAGGAAACGGAUGUUCUUCGGGAGCAGCUCAAGACUUGGAAGACAUGCGAUACCGCCGACAACCGACCGCCGCCGAUGAUUAUUGAAACAUACCUGGAUACGAAAGGGCUCACGAACAACCAGACACUUGUUGCUUUGGACGAAAAUGGGAAGCGCUGGGAUGUGUUGGAAUCUCUGGCUGCCUCCCAGAGCUCGCAGCCAGUGAAACCUCCGUCGUCCAGAGGAGAAGAUGUGAUCCUGGAGCGCUGGAGAGUAGAAUUGGGUGAUAUGCCCGGUAAAUUACCUACCGAUCUUGGCUCUAUCUUGCCGACGGUAUACAAGAAGAGUAUCGUCGUUUUCCGAUCUCUAUUUACCUAUUCAAAAUUUCUCCCUGCCUGGAAAUUCCUUAAACGCAACGGACGGUUUCGAGCGAAUCCUGCUCUGAGGAUCAAGUAUAGGAUACUGAGAGAGCCGACUGCUCAGGAUCUUUCUAGGGAGGAUCGCUUGACUAUUCCUUUGUACGAAGGCGCCUCCAAGGUUGUCGAUAGCUACAGCUUUGGCGUGACGGAAUCCCCUGCGGGUCCAUUUUCUGUCCAAGUUACAUAUCGCACCAACUGCGAUUUCCGUGUCGAUGACUCCGAAGCUCUUCUGAGCUCCCAGUUCAUGGGGGCUGAUGAUGAGAUCUUUCAACCGUCGUUCCCUUCUCGAGGCGUAAACGCCAAAACGCCGAACCCCGAGGUGCCUGGGCCCUCCUACUGGCGCGAGUCCGAUCUCAGCACUACGAGCCGCAAGAGAAUCCGGCGCGUCCUCACCAUCUCCCCCAACUACCUCUCACCGGAGGCCUCUCGCUACUGCCCGAGCUAG